AUGAACUUUUUCAGAUGCCUACUGGCUACUCUGUUGCCCCAAUACGCUGCAAAAUGCAUUCAAGUUGAUGGCUGCUUCCGGCUUGCCAAGUCAAACAGGGCACUGGCUGACGUUCCCCGGGAUGUCUUGGUACACUUUCCACUGUUACGAGACAAGCUUGUGCUGCAAGAUACAGGGAAAAAUAGAGCACUGCUUCCAUUUGAGGAGAUGCAACUUCAGUUCCUUCAGGAUAUGGAGACAGCCAUUCCAACCAAUUACAAAGAAUGGCUGUUCAGCAAACAUCAACUACAAGUGGGGACCCUUACUAGUCCUGACAGUCAGCAGGGACUGUCUCUUCCUGCAGUGACUGGACAUUACUUUACCCUCUGA